GAAGAGAACCAGAACCACAAUUGCAAACAGCCACUUCCUGUCUCCCCUUUCCUCAAUAUUUAUAGCCCACCCCCCGCCUCCGGCCACCGUAUAAGCUUCCUCCCUCCGCCCAUUAAUUCACAACCACAGCAGAAUCGAAGACAGCCAUGGCGGAGCACUUGGCUUCGAUAUUCGGGACGGAGAAGGACCGAGUGAACUGCCCUUUCUACUUCAAAAUUGGGGCUUGCAGGCACGGCGACCGCUGUUCCAGACUCCACACUAAGCCCAGCGUCAGCCCCACGCUCCUGCUCUCCAACAUGUACCAGCGGCCCGAUAUGAUCACCCCCGGCGUCGACGCCCAGGGCCAGCCCAUCGACCCCCGCCAGAUGCAGAGGCACUUUGAGGAGUUUUAUGAGGAUCUAUUUCAGGAGUUGAGUAAGUAUGGCGACAUUGAAAGUCUGAAUGUCUGUGACAACCUAGCCGACCACAUGGUGGGCAAUGUGUACGUUCAGUUUAGGGAGGAAGAUCAUGCUGCAAAUGCGCUUCGGAACCUGAGUGGAAGAUUUUAUGCUGGUCGUCCUAUCAUUGUUGACUAUUCACCAGUGACAGACUUCCGUGAAGCCACCUGCAGGCAAUAUGAGGAGAAUACAUGCAACCGUGGUGGAUACUGCAAUUUUAUGCACCUGAAAAGGAUUGGCAGGGAAUUGAGGCGUGAACUAUUCAGGAGCCAUCGGAGAAGGCACAGCCGCAGUCGAAGCAGGAGUCGCAGCCCUUACAGGCAUCGUAGUUAUGAAGAACACUCUCAUGGGAGCCGUGCUUAUAGCAGAAGGUAUGAUGAUGAUGAUCGUUAUCCUGAAAGCUGGAGCCGGAGGAACAAGACUCUAAGCCCUGGUCGAAAGAGAGGACGCAGUAGAAGUAGAAGCCCUGGAAGAAGAAGAAACCACAGUCCAGUUAGAGAAGGAAGUGAGGAGAGACGGGCCAAAAUUGAGCAGUGGAAUAUGGAAAAAGAACAGAAUGAAAAUGCUAGUAAGGUCAACACUGACAGAAGCAACAAUGAUGGGCAUGCACAUAUGGAAAAUCAGUACAAUGGCCAUGAGUAAGAGCAGCAAUAGCAACUUCCAGAGAAAUGAGGGUGGUGUGCAGGUUCACACUUUUGUGAUGUGGAAUUGAUAUGACUUUUUUAAUCUAAUUCAUAUGUAUGACUGCGUGCUUCCUGCAUGAUAUACCUGAAUAUAUCUUUCCCCUAAUGCCCUAGUUCUCUAUUAGCUUCCGGAAAUUUUAAAAACAAUAACAACAAAGCCUUGUCUCUUCGGCUGUAUGAAUGCUAGAACGCUGUUUGAACUGGAUAUUUUGAAACAAAAAAAAAAAAAAAAGGCUGAUCUAACUUAGUUUAAUCAAAUAGGCAUUUUUUUAUUUCCGUGUAAACCAAUCCCUAGUUGAUAUAUUACAGACGUGUGAAAUUGGUUUGCUUGUAUUCAUGCAUUCAUAAUUUACAGUCAGGUUCUGUGACAAUCACAAAUCAAGAGUAGUGAAAGAUCGAAUGUCAUGGUUCUGUCUUGGGUUUUGUAUUCUUCUCCCUUUGUAGCUUUGUUUAUUUUUCUGUUUCAGUUUACGGAAUGAAAAAAGUCAUGAUCUUACAUUCUUGAUAAGUUUUGCAGGUUCAGGUUUCCCUGCUUCUAUGGUCCGAGCCUUUUUCUUUUCAUUGCAGCUUACCAUGGAAUUUGUGUACAGGUUUGCUCGUGCAGUGUUUCAGGAUUCAGGAGAGUCUGAUUAUUCGAUGUUUCAGGUUUCGAUCCAGGAGUAUGAAAGUAUCUUCGUGUUCCAUCGUUCGAACGAAUGUUGCAGGUUAUUACUGUUGGUAGUAGUAGUAGUCUAAUUGUGGUGCAGGUUGAGUGUGGCAAACAAAAUCUCUCAUGUUGUUGAACCAGUUGGUUUACAUUUUUGAAUGUUCAAGGAUUAUCAUUUGACGUUUUUAGUUGGCAUGAUCAUAUUAUGGUCUCUCUUUUAAUGAUAGACUAUGCUUCUCCAA